UCCGCUCACUGGUUCAUCUCUCCUCUCACUGUUCAUCUCUCCGCUCAUUGAUUCAUCUCUCCGCUCACUCCCAUCGUGCAGAACCAUGAGCAGGAACUUCUUGUCUAUAAAUGAAGAGCUCCAGAAAGGAGACUUCCUGUUAUCCAACAACAGCGAGUACAAAGCAAUCUUUCAGGAUGAUGGGAACUUUGUAGUGUACGGCUGGGCGCCGGUGUGGGCUACUAACACUGGCGGCAUUACAGGCAUCAAUCGCCUGGCCAUGCAAAACGACUGCAACCUCGUCAUAUAUACGCCGGAUGAACCCGUGUGGGCCGCCGGCAGCUACAGCCCGGAUCUCACCACAUGCCGUUUAACUUUGGGUAAUGACGGCAUUCUGGUGAUCCACAGGGACGGGAAAAUGGUGUGGAAGUCCACUAAGAAGAAUUAA